UGUGUACACUGUCACUACACUGAACUGUUUAUAAUUCUCUUCAAACUCGUAUGAUAUCAUAACUAAAACAAUGAGGGUUUCAUGGAUAAAAUUAACUUUAUGUGUACAUGUUUUACUGUUCAUAUCGGGGAUUUCAUCUGAUUCUGCUGUGAAGUACAAUAUCCAUCAUGAUUGUCCGUGUGACCCAGUUUAUUGCAGAGUGCAUAAAUUUGAGUACAAUGAAGAGAAAGUAGUUGUUGCAGAAGGCACAUCAGACCAUACAAAAUGGCCUUGGUCCCAGAUUACUACAGUCAUUGCUACAAAGGAUGUCCCGAAUCGUACUGCUCAAAAGCUGAUGUGCACUGCUCACAAAAAUAAAGCCAACUUUGCAUUUAUUGAAAAGGUACCAGUUAUAACAAAUACUUCGGAUCCCAGACUACAGAAGUGGCUGAAUACGGUCGCUGCCAAGAGGGAUCUGCUUUACGUAGAUUAUGUAGCACUAGAUUUGCUAGAUCUGUUGGGACAGUGUACUGCUGAUAGCACCCAUGUUCAGGAAGUACUGGGAUUGUUGACAUAUAUGGUUAAAAAUUAUUUUUUUCCUCACAGUGCUGAGCUGCUAUGUAUUGUUCCAUACAAACCUCCCUGUUACAAUGGUGACUGUAGCUUAGCCAAGUAUUUGACCGAGCAUUGUGUUGCUUUUAUCACCAGUCCUGAAAGCUUUUUCACAUGUGAUACCAAUACAAACUGCAUUGCCAAAGCCACUAUGCCAAUGACAAGCUUGGUGUAUGGUGUAGAAGAAUACAUUGAUCAUGGCAUUUCUCCAGACAAGCUGUUGAUUGGAAUUCCUUGGCAUGGCUAUGAUUACACCUGUAGUAAUUCUACCAUCCAGAAAAAGACUGGAGGUAAAGAAGCAUUGACCUGUUAUUUCGACAAGAAAAAUGACAGCAGUACCUGUGAUACAUCUAAAAGGAAGAAAAUCAGCCUAGCAGAGAUAAAAGGCAACUAUUCUGAACAGUAUAGGAAUGCCAAGGCACACCACUAUCAUCCUAUUUAUAGAUCUGACUACAUUAAUAUAAUGAUAAAUCAUGUACAGCAUCAGUUGUGGUACGAAGGGCAUGAUAGUCUACUAGACAAGUACAUGUACAUCAGAUCCAUGCAGUUUAAAGGAAUGGUCAUUUGGACAGGAGAUGACCUGUCCAGAAAAGGUGUGGAAGAUGAUACAGAAUGGAAUUGGAUCCUCCACAGUUUAUUCAGUGAAGGAGAGAUACAGGAACACAAUCUAAACAUGGCCGGUACUGUGGCCGGUAUUAGUGUGGGCUGUUUCAUCCUGGGGAGUCUGUUGGGGUUUGCAGUGGGCUGUGGCCUUAUGAGGAAGAGAAUGCGAAAUAAAGGUCUCCGCCUGCCGUUCCAGAGGGACGAAGAAGAGACAGACUUCCAUGACGACGAUAAUGCUCUGUAAAAUUGUUUAAUUUGUAUUUGUUGAAGAAAUAACUAUAAUGUAAAAAGUUCCACUUUUCAUCAGAUUGUUAAUGGGUAGGAAAAAAUGCCAUGUAAUGAUUAUAAAAAUUCUUGUAUUCUUUUAAAGUCUAUGGAAGCAGUGUUUUUAGGGGAAGACCUUUGACUGGUUUGGAACACAUUGUUUAAAGUAUAAGAUCGUUUUUAUUCUUCCCUUAAAAUUAUAUUCACAUUUUAAUUACUGGUAUGCAUAUCCAAGUACAUGUAUAUAUAUUUGAUAUCAGUACUCGUCAACUAUUAUUUGCUAUUGUAUUAUAGGGUUGGAUACUAUUAAGGAUGAAACGGAAUGAUACCAUAGUGGUAUUUUUGAAAUGAUAUGGUACUUCUUAGUGAUACAAUGUACCUCAAUCUAUCAAUUUAUUGAUGGUACUAAUGUGGUUUCAGUAUGUAAUAUGCACAAAAACUUAACCAUUUCCUUUUUUCAACUUUUUAAGAAAUCAACAAAUUCAUAAAAUUACAUGUAAAUUUACUGCUGUACAAUUUGAUUAAAUUCACAAUUAAAAGUAUGAUGUAAACCAUGCUUUUCACAGUUGCCAAGAGGCACACUGUUUAUGGUGACACUGUGUUAUAAAAUUUAAACUUGUCAUUUAUAUAUUUUCUGAUCAAAUGAUUCAGUUUUUUUGAAUUAAUUUGAAUGCAUUAAUUUAAAUAAUUAAACGAAGAGAAUUAAAUACCAUCUGCAUUAUAUUGAAUCUGUUAUUAAAUGAAACAGUAUUUUACCGAUAAUUUUGUAACAACUAUUACAGAUACAGAGAAUCAGUGUCCAACCCAUUAAUUAAUUAGAUAAAUAUCAGAAACUUUUAGUAAUUAGAAUCUCAUUCCUCUAUAGAAAUUCAUCGAAGGCUCUUUAAAUAGUCAACCAUGUGUACAUUCCAUUUUUUUUUAAUACAUAUUCAUGCAUGUUCAUUUUGUAUUUAUUUAUGCAAUAAUUCAUGUGCAAUGAUGUCUACAUAUGUGUAUGUGAUAAAUUCAAUGUAAUUUAUAUGUAGAUAUACAAAACUAUUAGGUUGAAGUCCCACCCAGUAUAUUCAAUUUCUUUGCGAGACUGCUGCAGAAAACCAUAGCAAUACA